AUGCGGUCGUCGCUGGCGCGUUUCUCCCCGGGCCGCCUGCCGCCGGGAGUGGCGAGGGCGGCGCUGGGGGUGGCGUGGGUGGCGGGAUGGGCGGGGCUGUGCACGUGGGUGGUGUGGUUCGCGCAUUCGCAGGCCGCCAAUCCGCGGCAGGAGGCGAUGCGAGCGUGGUGUCGCACGCGCGUGCGAUACCUCCACGAGGACAUUCGAUCGUGCAUCGCCCGCGCGCAGGAGUCAACUGGCCUGGUACGCGCAUUGGGGCACUUUGGGCCGCGCAGCAGCAGCAACCUGAGCUACUGGGGGCUGGCGGGGUGUGUGAACAACGCGACCAUGCUGGACUACAACCUGCGGGCGGACUUGAUAGCCAACUACAGCACGGGCACCGUCAUCAUGUUCGUUACCGACCAAGACAGGCCCCUGGUGGAGAGCAUCAUAGGGCAUCCCAUCCGCUCCGUGCUUGGCCUGCCCACCCCGAGGAAGGAUCUGUAUGGCGUGAACGUGUGCGGCAGCAUCAACCCCACCUUUCCAGUGCAGCCCUUCACGGACUUCUUUCCUCUCGUCCCUCCGGAUCUCCGCACCAACCUGCUAAAGGGACAGCCCAUCGCGGGCGCUCCUCUCUCUGCAGGACCCGGAUACGUGGCACUUGUGUUUCUCAUUCCCAUCUUCCGCCAUCCUUUGCCAGCCAGUGCAUCUUUGCAACAAAUCCGAAACAGCAUUAGCAUUGCGUGGGCCGGUGUGGUGCAUCUUGAGAUGAUGGCCCGAGAAUUAUUGCACAUGCUAGAAAAUGGCACCAGCACAUACUCAUUUGCCAUGUACGACAACACGGAAGAAGGCGUGCUGAAGCAAAUAUAUGGCCCAGAGGAGCCACAAUUGGAAAGCGGUUCUGCAUUCCCUUUUGUGCUGCCCACAACUGCGGUUGUGCGACCCGAGCAUGUGGAGCCUUUCCCGGAGAACAUGCUUGAACGCUCAUUCGAAGCACACUGCGGGUUUCAGCUUCCCCUGCCUACUUGGGACCUCGUGUAUGCUCCCAUGCUGUUGGGCUUGCUGGUGCUGCUGGUGGCAGUGCUUCUGUCCACCGUGAUAGUAGUACUGGCAUGGAAGAAGAGAAAUCUAGAAGCAGAUGUGAAGGAGAUUCAGCUGUGCACGGCCAUCUUGGAGAGAGCUGAGCGGUCCAAGAGUGAGGCGGUGGCCAGCACGUCGCAUGAGCUGCGCACCCCAAUCAUUGGCAUGAUGGGCAUGAUUGAGGAAUUGCUAGAGACAUCGUUAGAGGAGUGGCAGUGUGAAGACCUUCGGGUGGCGAGGGCGUGUGCGGGUGAGACGGUGGAGCUCAUCAACCGAGUGUUGGACCUCGCCAAGCUGCAGGCCGGCAGGCUGCAGCUCGAGACUCUCCCCUGCUGCCUGCGCCGCAUCGUGCGCGAGGCGACUGCAGUUGUUGAACCGACUGCACCGGGAAAUAAUUUGCAAGCGAGUGCCAUGAACAACACGGCAGCCGGCCACAUAGCCAUCCGUCGCUGGUGCAUCCUUCCACCACAUGCUGCUGGCAUGAGCUGGUUUUUGAGAAUUCUCAAAACCCACCCCCUCUCCGGCCCCACCACACCCUUCCCUCCAGCGAGUGCCAUGAACAACACGGCAGCCGGCCACAUAGCCAUCCGCCUCUGGUGCAUCCCUCCACAUGCUGCUGGCAUGCCUCCUCCUCCAGCCACUGCUCCCACGGGCGCCACACAAGCCUCCUCUGAGCCUCCCCCGGCGGCCUCAGCGCCCCAUCAGCUGGCCGGCUGUGUGCUGCGCUUCCCUCCGCCCACUCGCCUGCUCUGCCUCCCCCAGCGCCGCCCAGCCAGCCGCGGAGGUCCCGUUGGCAACAGGGGUGGGCAGGAGUGCAGCAGAGACGGCAUGGGCAGUGCAGUGCAAAGGGAGGGUGGGGGUGGGCGGCUGGAGGAGGAGGUGAGGGAGUGGGUGGAGGGGGCGUGUGCAGUGAGGGAGGAGGGCGAGUGGAUGGUGGUGGUGGCAUGUGAAGACACGGGCGGUGGUAUACCACCCGAGGAGCUGUGGGGGUUGCUGGACCCACAUGGCCUCGCUUGCCACUCGCCGCACGACAUGCAUGGCAGCGGGCAACAUAAAGUCAUGGAGAGAAUACGGUCGUUGGGGAGGGCAGAGUCAUGGCGGCAGCGGGAGCGCAGCGUGUGGGAUCCGUUGCAGUGCGACCGCAAGGCAGCUGCUGGCCCCCGCUGGACUCCCUACCCUGUUCGCUUCCUGCUCUCCACCUCCCUUGUGGCGGAGAUGCGGGGGGGCAUGGCAGUGCUGUCAGACGCCUCCACAGGCACCACCAUUCUGCUGGCGCUACCCCUGGGGGGAGGGGAGGGCGCCAGCAGCAGCAUGGGAGCUGGUGAGGAGAAUGGGGAGCAGCACGAGUCAGAAGGGGCUGAUGAGGAGCGUGUGGAGCGAGAGAGCGGAUGGCAGGGAGGCAUGGAUGGGCCAGCCAAUGGAGCCGCCGCUCUGCCUCAUGCUGCUGCUGCUGCUGCCUCGGUGCAACCAGCUUCGCCACCACCGCAGCGGUCAGCAGCAGGGGCACGGGCACUGGUUCGUGCGCGCACGUGUCCGCAACUGGGUGGCGGGGAGGGCGCAGGGGAGGCGGAGCGGGUGGUGCGGGGGGUGGUGGCGGGGCGGUCGGUGGCGGUGGUGGAUGACAACGCAGUGAACCGCAUGGUGGCGCGCAGAACGCUGCAGGGCUACGGCGCGCACGUGCUGCUGCUGUGCUCCGGGGAGGAGGCGCUGCAAGCGCUCUCCUCUGCCACGCCCUCCCCGCCCAUCCACCUGCUCCUCGUCGACCUCCACAUGCCGCCCGGCGUCGAUGGCAUGCUUGGAGGCGGGGAUGGAUGGAGCAGUUAG